AACAUCACACAAACGAAAACAAUAUUAAAGAAAUAAUUAGCAUCACGUUGUUCAAACUAUGUUUCUAUAGUUACAACGAAUACAUAAAAAAAUAUACAACUCCAGAACCAGUGGUAUAAAUACACAACGCAUUAUUCUUCAUAGUGCUUCAAGAAUAAAAAAAGAUAACCCCAAAAUCAGAAAAAACCAUCGUCUUCAUCACCAUUCAAAACAUGGCCACCACAAUAUCUUGUGAUUUCUCUUCAAUGGAAUCUAUUCAACACUAUCUUCUUGAGCCUGAACACGAUUCCAACGCUCUCAUGAACAUUUCCAACCACGAAGUUUGCUAUUCUGCAACGUACAAUGCAUUCCCAAGCCCUACGUUCAGCUUGGAGGGUGUCGUCCAUGAUGCAAAAGAUUCCUUAGCAUGCAAAAGAGAACACCCUAGGGAGGAGCGUGAAGUUCACGCGCCACCGGUAUGGAAGCAUUACCGGGGUGUGAGGCGUAGGACUUGGGGCAAGUUCGCGGCAGAGAUAAGGGAUCCAAAGAAGAAUGGUGCAAGGAUUUGGCUAGGCACUUAUGAAACUGAAGAAGCAGCGGGUUUAGCUUAUGAUAGAGCUGCUUUCAAAAUGCGUGGCAGCAAAGCUAAGUUAAAUUUUCCUCAUCUCAUUGGCUCUCACGCGCCUCCGCAGCCAGUGAGAGUGACAAAGGCUUUGAAGCGAAACUCGCCAGGGAAGAGGAAAAAUUUGGCUGACUUGUUAAACAGGUUGGCCAAGAAUAGAAGCCAAAUACUUAUACAGGUGCUUGAAAUGGGUUUACAUGCAAAUUAUGUCAAUGUUGAACAAUGGUAGAGUAAGUUGAAUGUGUUAUGUUGUGGUGCCAUUAAUAUAAGGUUCUAGGUGUUUUUUUUUUUUUUUUCAAGAACUGUAUACAGUUGUUUGUUUCCGUAGUUUGGAUUUUUUCAAUGAUUUUUGCUUACACUCCUUGAUGAAAUUCUGGGGGUGAAA